UUCACGUGCAAUCAGUUGAUUUUUGCACGCCGCCUGUUUAACGUAGUUUUUGAUAUGGAUACCUCCAAAAACGGCAUCCGGGGAUCUUCCUUCAAGUACGGACCGGCUGUACGGAUCGGAAUCGCGGUCCUGGUGCUGCACACCGUCGGCUGGUUGGGUUGGAAGGCUGUGAACCAGGGUGCGGAAUCCAAGGAGGCGGCUGCCAAUGCCCAGCACGAAAAACUACGAGCGGCAUUUGCGGAAAAGUGACGUAACAGGGGGGUAGUGAUAAAUCAAUAGUUGUUAACAAACUGUUUUAGACUGAGUGAACUCUAAGUAAUUAUUUUUGAACACCAAAGAAAAUUGAAAAUCAAAAUAAUACGUAAAUACACAAUUAGAAAAGAAUAUACUUUAUAAGCCCAAUGCUCAGCAUUAUGUUUAAAGCUUUUAUCAGAUAAUGAUUGUUUAUAAUAAAGUGAAUACGCACGAAAAGGUGA